GGUUGUGUUGCCAGACGAACCCUGUUGAUUUUUUUUAACGGUAUGAACAGCAGAAUGCAGAUGUUGAUAGAAGAUUAGGUAUCAUCACGCAUAAAACUGUAGUUGGCGCGCGCAUAGACGUCCACACCACAACACCGAGGCCUACCCCGAAAAUAUUCGCCUUGACCGUUGUUGAAAGAUAAUAAAAAAGUGAAUUCCGUUCGUUCCUUUCUCGUGUCCAGAUGGAUUUGUAUCGUGUUCGGAGAGUGUAAUUUUUAAUGUUUAAGCACACCGUCUCGUUUCCCGUUUUGCACAGCCCGGUAAACGGGUGCGCAUAAUCCAUAAAAUGCGAAUAUGGUCAGGUCCCGGUUUCUCGGCAAACCUCCCAAAACGCGUUGUCAGAGGACGAUGGUCCGGGUUGGAGUGCCAAAUUUUGUGGACAACGAGGCCAAAAACGCUCAACUGAUAUCUCUAGCGUUGGACGUGUUCCGCACUACGUUUGAAACUGACAACGAUGAGCAACAACAGGAGUUCAGAGGUUUCAGCGACUGUACCAAGGCCGCUUGUAGUUUAGCUGAAAUGAAAAAAGAAAUUACCGAAAUAUGUCGACAGAGAGGCAUCCCUUAUGAAUCGACAGUUAAAAAUGAAGAUCUGUCUAGUAGUUUAGGUAGUAUGGACUGUCUGAAAGUUCAAAAUAAAGUUGUAUCAACACCUGAAUUGAAAAAAUCUACAAAUAAAGAGGCUGCAAAAACUAUAUCUUGUUUAGAUGACGACCUUAAUUACACUUUUGCAAAAUCAUGCAAAGGAGGUCCGUUAAAUUUGAAUCAAACAAGUGGUGAAGUACAGUGCGGGAUUUGUGGUGUUGUUCGUUUUUAUAAAUCUAUAGCGAAGACAAAAAAAUAUGGAGCCUACAGCUGUGAUUCUUGCAGAAAAUUCAUUACCAAAUCAAUUGAGAAUACAAAAGUUAUUAACCGUUGUAAUAAUGAGAGAGGUAUUGGUCAGUGUCGUAUUCCCAUCGGUAUCAAGUCACAAAAUAGGAUUACACGAGUUAUAUCAAUAGAUGCUCGGUGUAAAGCAUGCUGGCUUCAAAUGUGUUUGAAACGGUUAAAGUUACCAGAAGCGACUAUUGAACGACUUUUAGAUACACUUCCUAGAGAAAUGGUACCAAUCAUUUUAUGGGCUUUAAAAAAACCAGAUCCAUGGACUAUAAGUAUAGAUAGUACUCUGCAAAAGAAAAUCAUUCGCGAUUAUAAUCUUCAUAAAGAAAUUAUUAACGCUUUACAAGAUGAAGACAGUGAUGAGAAUACAGAUGAAAUAGAUAGUAAUGAAGACAGUUAUGAUGAUUCUUCUGACAAAUCUGAUUCAGACAUUGAGUAUAUUGCCAAAAAAAAAUGUUAUAAAAAAAAAUCUAAAUUAGAAGAAAAACCAAAUAAACGCAAAGGAAAGACGAAGCGAGCCAAAAAAAUAGAAUUUUGUAGAGAGGUUCAGUCAAAUGACAUAAGAAAAUUAGCAUCGUCUCGCUCAAAAAUUACACCAAUAUCCAAUUUAACUUACGAAUCUAAAUCACUUGCAGUUAAAGGACCUAGAGUUAAACAUGUUUGUCGUAGUGCUGAAUCAGUGUUUGGACAAACUCCGGCUACAUUUAAAAAUGUUUCUGACAAAAAUGAAAACGCACUUGAAGACAACAGUUUGUUAAAAACAGAUUAUUUCCUAAAUAAUAAAAAUGAAGAGGAAGAUGAAAGUUUAUCGGAUAGUGGUUAUGGAAUUAUGGAUUCAUGCAGUCAUUCAAAGAAUUCUAAAUCCUCAACUCCUGUAGAUAGUUAUCCUACAUUUCAACCUAAUAGAACGUUGCAAGAUUUAAUGAUGCAAGAUCACAUAAAUGCCAAUAACGAAAAUAUAGAAGACCAAAAUACAGUUGAUUUAGAUUUUCGGGAAAGUUAUGAUCCUGACAGAAUUGCUGAAAAUGGAUUUGCUGUCGUAGGAACAGAGCCGCUAUUAGUUCCUCGAGGUGCUGUAUGUUACCUGUGUGGUAGUGCUGGAAUGGAAAAAUUAAUCCAUUGUGUUAGCUGUUGUGAACCUUAUCAUAAAUUUUGUGUAGACGGCGUCGGAAUUGGAAUUCCUUCUCACGAAAGUGAAUGGUCAAAAAUUAGUUGGACAUGCCCAAAAUGCAAGUUAUGUAAAGGAUGUCAAAGUAGAGGCAAAACCCGACCAAAACUGACAUGUCAAAGAUGUAAGGAUUCAUAUCAUGACAAUUGUUUAAAGGAUAAGUUGACUUAUGAUAGAAAUAGGCCUUGGGCAUGUCCAUCUUGUAGAAAAUGUAAAAGUUGUCAAGUGCCUAGAGUUGAUUAUUUUGUUGGUAAUUUGGCUCUCUGUGCUGUAUGUUUUCAUUUGAGACAACAGGGUAAUUAUUGUCCUUUGUGUCAACAAUGUUACAGUUCUGAUGAUUAUGAUUCAAAGAUGAUGGAAUGUGCAGUUUGUAAACAUUGGGUGCACGCAAAAUGUGAAGGCCUGUCAAAUGAACGAUAUGAAGUUCUUAGCAUUUUACCAGAUGUCGUGGAAUAUGUUUGCAAGAGUUGUACAACUGAAAGUACUGUACCCUGGCGAUCUUAUGUUGACGAAGCAUUAAAGAAUGGUUUUAAAACAGUAUUAAUAUAUCUGGGGAAAAAUAAGAAGACUUGUGAUUUAAUAAAAUGGAGCCCUCAAAAGCAAUCACCUGGUUGCGUUUGUAAAAAAUAUAUACCGCCAUUUCCAUCACUUGAUGGUGAAUCUACCAUUGUUGCUCAAAAACUAAACAACGAUGAAAUUUCUAAACAGUGUGUUUGCCAUGGCUUAGAAGGAUGGUCCAAAGGUACUCCUACAUUAGUAACAAUUAAACAAAAAAUUAAUAACAACGAAUAUGAAUCACUUUGUCAGUUCAACAAUGAUAUGUUAAACACUAUUGAUAAAUUUAAUGCUCCCGAACUUAAAGAAGAAUAUAGAAAAAUAGUUUUUGAAGUAUUUCCAUGGUUUAGCAAUGAUUUUCAAGACAACUCUCCUCGAAAAAGUUCCUAUUUGUCUACGUCAAUACCAAUCAUAAGUCCACCUAAGUUCAUUCCAAAACUAUCGUUAAACUUACUCAAUUCUGAUAUUAAAGCAUUACAGGAUAUGAUGGGUAAUGAUGAAAAUAGUUAUUAUGUAACUCCAAAAAAUAAAGAUAACCGAAUUUGCCAGUUUUGUAAAAAGGUAGGAGAGGGUAUGCCAGUACGAGAAGGUAGACUUCUAUAUUGUGGGGACAAUAUUUGGGCUCACGCUAACUGUGCAUUGUGGUCGUCGGAGGUUUUUGAAGAGAUUGAUGGUUCAUUACAAAAUGUACAGUUGGCCUUGUCUCGAAGUAAACUAGUCCGAUGUGUAGUUUGCAAUGAAAGAGGAGCAAGUAUAGGUUGUUGUUACCGAAAUUGUGUAAAAACAUACCAUUUCCAAUGUGCCAGAAAAGUAUUUUGCUUGUUUAAUGAAAACAAAACGGUUUACUGCAAUAACCAUGCAUCCGAUACUCGAUGCAAUGUUAAGGAUUUUACUUUAGAAAGACUGAUUUAUGUAGAACAAGAAGAUAUCAAACAAAAACGUAUCGAAAGCUCAGAAAUUCAUAUUCUAAUUGGUUCAUUGUAUAUUAGUUGCAUUGGACACCUGCAUCCUUUCUUAUCAGAUACUAUCGAAUCCAUAUUGCCUGUUGACUUUAAAGCAAAAAGAUAUUAUUGGUCUACAAAAGAACCAUGGAAACUGAUUCAAUACGAUUGGUUGACUAAGGUUGAAAAUCUAACUGAGAAAUUUAAAUUUGAUGAUCUGAACUUAACUAUUGAUCACGACUUAAGAGACAAUAAUGUUGAUAUAGUCGAACCUAAGAAAGAAGUCAAUCUUAAUUUAUUUACAUCGAUUCACUUGGAUAAUUUAGACAAAUGUUAUGAAAUUUUAAAAAGAACUGGUCCUCUUCAUAAUGUUAAAACAAAAUAUUGUAAAGUAGAUGACAUAGAUUGUUUUGCGUAUCCUAACUAUGAAACGGAUACAGAAUUAUCUACAAUCGAUGACACAUGCAGAAUGGAGCUUUUUUCUCACAGCUACGGACAUAAAACCACAACAAUUCCACAGUUGGAUGGGUUGUACGAUUCGAGUGAUGACUCAGAAUUUGAUUUGUACCAUAUUGACAAAUUAACAGAUGUUAUUGACGAUUGUACUAAUGAUCAACCCGUAAAGUGCGAUCGAUGUCAUCGGACGUACAGAACUAGUAUAAGUUUUGAACGACAUUUACCGAGUUGUAAUUUUGAUUACGAACUAGGUAGUGAUAGUGAUUCUAGUGAAGAUGAAAAGUCGGAAAAUAAAACUGAAUCCAAUUGUAUUCCAGCGAUAGAAGAAAAAGUCUUGCAUGUCGAACCUAUAAAAGAACAAUCAAAUUUAAUAUCUCAACAAAAUUAUAUUCCCGUAACUCAAAUUCAACCGCAACAACCACCACCUACUGUUAUUCUUCAGCCGAUGCCAUCGUUUGUUCAACCACCACCAAAUGAUGUUCAGUAUAUAACUAUAAAUAAUCCUCCAACUCAACCGUUAAUGCCGUGUUUUCAAUAUCAGCAACAGCCAACUGUUAUUGUUCAACCCUCCAUUGACCCAACAACUGUAGUACUUAACAACCCUUCUAUGGACAUGUUUUUGACUCAAAGCAACAAUUUGUUAUUUAGUUCUCAACCUAUGAUCAUGGGGUUAGACCAAACUUUUAAUAUGGCUUCAAGUUAUACUUUUACUCAAUCGCCUCAAAUUUAUCCGUCCCCAAAACCUGUAGAAGUUAGUACUACUCAAAUGACCAAUCAAUAUUACAUUAUAAACACUGAGCCUACUACAGUGUCUAACGAAUGGUCAUACAACAUAACAUCGGAGAUUAAGGCAGAACGUAAAAUAGUAUGUACACCACAACCAAAAGUCUAUUCAAAUCGUAGAUUAAAGUCAACAGAGUGUUAUGAUACUAAAGAAAAUAUUCCUAACAGCCUAGUACAAUCGGUUCAAAAUCAAGCUUAUAGUGUCAUGAAUAUUAUAAGAAAUGUUAAUCCAGAGCCAUGGAAAAAACAAAAUAUAAAAACAUAUCCACCUAAAAGAAUUGAAGAAAAAAAAAUUCUCCCGAAAUCUAUAAAUUCUUACUUAACUAGACCAUCUAUAACUAAAAAAGCAAUAGAAACAAAAACAUCUUCUCCGAUUGACAUUAAUACUGUAUCCACUUCAAAUAUUAAAGAAAAAAUGUUAUCAUCUAGUCCAUUGAAAACUGAUGUAAUGUCUACGAUGAAAGUAGAAAAUAAACAUUCGCCAACGAAACCCGAGUAUAUGGCGAAACCAUCUCCAACUAACAUGUUAAAAGUUAUGCCUUUCCAAAGAUGCAAUGAAAAACAAGAGUUUAAUUCGCCAUCAAAAGCAGAAAAAGAUUCACUAGUUAAAAUAGAAAAAAAUUCAUUUAUAUCAUCACCAAAAUUAGAAAAUCAGUCUGAUAAUUAUAUAAAAACAUUGCCAAUUUCUAUAGAAAUACAAACAUCACUUUCACCACCUCCUUUAAAAAGAAAAAAAUUGUCAUGUGAUAAACCAACAGAAGAAAAAUCUUUAUUGAAUACUGAUACACCGUCAUCACCUUCAAAUAACGAAACAUCACAUUCUUCUUUAGUAGUAAAAAAUCAGCCAUCAACUAUAUCAAAGGUUGAUACAUCACAUCAAUCUUUAUUUACGAAAGAAAAACACUCGACUACUGAUCAAACAACCGUUGCAAAGUCAUUAUCGCAUACAUCUGAUGCGAGCAACUUAGUUUUUUUAAACAUAGAAAAAGAUAAGUUUGACGUUCACCAAAAUACGUAUCCUGAUCCUGUCAAUGGAAAGGUCAAAUUGUUGGAACCGGUUUCUAAUCCGUUUGAGAAAUAUUUAAAAACAAAUUUCCCUCAAGAGGCAAAGAACGGGAGACCUCAACAGAAGCAAACAGGGCGUCAGUGGUCAACAGUUAUGUCAGAUCGUGAACGUACUGUACCUCAACUGAUGUUUGAAAUGAAUUCUGCAGAUGGUGUUUUUUGCAAAGACCGAUCACUCGUAGAAAUAUGGUCCAAACUGUUUGAAGCUGUACAAGUAUCUCGAAAUGAACGUAAAAUGCCUCCUUUACCAUCAAGUAACCCAUUUGCAAAUGACAUAACUGCAGCCAUUCGUUCGUUGGGUCUAAGUAACAAUUUUUUAAAAUACCUAUUAGAACAACUCUCAGAAGCUAAAGAAUUUGUCAAGUAUAAGCCAACUUACCACAAAGGCUUAGAUGUUGUUGGUUCCACAGCAGAAAACCCUUCUGGGUGUGCUCGCACCGAAAUUAUUGUAAGAAAGAACAGGUAUGAUAUGUUCAGUUGGUUAGCGUCGAGGCAUCGAAAGCCACCUAAAUUAUUGGCCAACAAUGAAGAUUUUGGAGGGCGACGAGCGAAUUCUUUACCUAAUGAAAUGAAGUACAGAAAUAUGAAUAAAACAUUGACAACUACUGUCGGAGUUUAUCGGUCAGAUAUACACGGCCGUGGAUUGUUUUGCUUAAGAGAUAUCGAACAAGGAGAGUAUGUCAUCGAAUACACUGGAGAAGUUAUAAGAUCUGUAGUAAGUGAUGUACGCGAGCGGCUUUAUAAUAAAAAAGGAAUAGAUUGUUAUAUGUUUCGAAUUGAUCAAGAUAUUGUCAUAGAUGCCACAAUGAAUGGAAAUUCUUCCCGGUUUAUAAAUCAUUCUUGUGAGCCCAAUUGCCAGUCAAAAAUCGAAACAAUUCAUGGAAAAAAACAUAUAAUGAUUUUAGCCAAGAGAAAAGUACUUCAAGGCGAAGAAUUAACAUAUGAUUAUAAAUUCCCAUUAGAAGAUGAUAAGAUUACGUGCCAUUGUCUUUCAAGGAGGUGUCGUAAAUAUCUAAAUUAAAUGAAAAAUUUAAUUGUAUUACGUACAUAUACUGUUUAGUUUUUUUUCAUUAUUAUAUUUCUUAUCAUUUCUUUUCUCAUUAUAUUUCUUUUGUAGUUUUUUUUUAUGCAUUAUAAUUGAACAAACUAACUUUAUUCGUCUUUUUUUGUAAUGUUUCCACUACUAUGUCUAAUUGUAUUUUUUUUUAUAUUUUGGGAACAAUUUUUCUUUUUACUUUAUGUUAUUAUAUUUUAAACCAAACAGUUAUAAUUAUUGAGCAUUGACAAUUAUAAAUUGACUAAAAUUUGUUUGUACUUUAAUAAAGUUGUAACUAUCAAAUAUUCUAAAAUUGUAUUUAAAUAUUUCAUUUGUACCAACUGUUAUAUAAGUAUUUUUUCCCCAAUUUGUAUUACACUCGUCAUAAGAGAAACAAUGUGAUUAAAUUAUAAUUAAUUUUUAUUGUAAUUUGUUUGCUAUUGACCAUUAACACAUAUAAAUAUA